UUCUAGGGAGUGCAAGCGAGACGAGAGCGGACCUGUUUUUUCUCAGAUUGGCAGACCGGUUCUAGGUUGCCAGGUUAAGUUAGGUUCGCGCGAGCGGGAAAUAUUAUUGUUGAAAACGUUAGGAAAGAGGAGAUACAUGUUUAUCGCUCAUAAAUAACGCAGUUGAAUUGUCAUUCCGAGAUGAGCGCGAAACUGAACAGUUUGCUUAGCCAGAAGGACCGGGCGCAGCUGAACGAAUUCGUGCGGGAGACCUCGACUGAGGAGCUCACAAAGAUAAUAUCGAGCGGAAUUUGCAACGCGGACAUAUCCCGGGUGCUGGACGAGGUCCUGCAGGUAUGUUCCGAGUCGGAGGGUCUCUACGCCAAGAGAGUCAAACUUGUCGAGUCCGCCCUGAAGGCACUGGGCAAGACCAAGGUCUCGAUCAGUCACGCGAACGAGAUCGUGAAUCGGAUAGUGGUGGACUUUCCUAACUACCCGAAGCUGCAUCUGGUCAAACUGGUGGACUUCUGUCUCGCUAGUAUUCGCAACAAUGAUGACGAAUUCAGAAAUUGGAAGGAGCUGUUGCCUGUUUUGCUGGAAGUGUUGGAGGAAGAGAAAUAUAUUAGUCACAUGAACGGCGAGGUUUCUGGCACCAAAUACAAGUCAAUUAUUGUUAAUAACAUAUGCAACAGUGAAUGGGAUACGCAGAUAAUGCCCUCGCUGGCGAGAAUGUUUAGAGAUAUAUCCUUGGAGAAGGAGGAUCAUGCUAUAGUAAUCACAGUACUCUGCAAACGAUUACAAGAUAUAUCUCUUGAGGAACUGCCUCCUCUUGUGCAUCAAUUGUUAAGAUUGUGCGCUAAUCAGGAUAGUAAAUACCUCUUGGAAGCCUUACGAAAGUAUUUCACCCUACGCUUCUCGCAAACUGACGAUACUGACACUUUUGAGACUAUAGAUGUGGUAAAUCCGAAAGAAGUUCAAAGCAUUGAAAGUACAGUAUUGUAUCACAUAUCUCAAGCGGCAGAAUUGAAUCACCAACAUAUAAGAGACUACAUCAAGUAUUUCAAAAGCGUGUCACAUACCCCUGAAGCUAUAUUAGAGCCUUUCAUGCUGUCCGUGCUGCUCACAGUUGCUUCUAUUGAUGAAAAUCAGAUUUUCGAAAUGCUGCGAGCGGUCAUUAAUAAACGAAACGAAAAUGACAAUAAACUAAAAAAUAGUGCGUGGUUGAGAAAAUUGAUUCCUGAUUCUUUUAGCAUAACGGCUGUGAUAGGAAACGUCAUUGAGGCGAGUAACAGGGAUCGUCAUUUAGUAUUGAAAGGCCUUGUGGAUCUCGCAUUUGUUCUUAUGGCUGCUGAGAAUAAAAUGAAAACGGGUGCGCAUCCUUUAUGGCAGAUCGGUACAAAGAUACUCCAAAAGAUUAUGAGAAAGCAUCACGAAACGGUCGCGACUAUAUUUCAAAAGUUGAUUGAUAAAAUAACCGCCGGUGGAUCGUGUAUUUUUAAAUAUACCGAUUGUUUAGCGUAUAUGUGCCGCAAGUUAACAGUUCUGGUACUGGAUCAUCAAGAUUCUAUAAUAAUGCUUUUCGACCAGAUCUCAUCUAUACCUGGAGAGAUUGCCAUUUUUAUCGUAUCCGCGAUAUUUCCAUUGAUACGAGUCUCAGUCAGCAUAAGAGAACAUUUAGUCUUAACAUUGAGAAAGGCUCUCUAUAGAAAGGGUACGUCUAAUCGACAAAUGGCGGUCAGUGGGAUUUUGGAAAUGUUAAGGAAUGUGAAAAUGCACUCUCUGAGCGGUCUUGCGGUGAGCUCUAGUCAGUACGGAAGUUCAUCGACUGGCGCGAGUUCCACGUCCAUCUUGACUCAGGUGACAUUAGAGAGAGGCACUCAAGCAACAGGAUCUACCUCAAGAUACAAUAGAACUUUAUGUUACGAUGUAUUGGGCAUUUUAAGAAGAUGUUUCACUCAUGAAUGUGAAGUUCGAUUACACUUAUACAAUGGUUUAUAUGAAGCCAUGUUGAAAAAUAUCGAGAUAACGGAAUAUAUAUUAGAGAUGAUAUUGCCGCAUUUCAAAACCUUUUUUGAGGCGGACGAGAACGUUGUGGUACCAGUUAAGCUGGAAUUAUGUACGGCUGUCCAAGGGGACCAAGUUAUAUUGCAAGAACCUCUGGCGGAACUGAUACUCACACUGCAAAAGAUUUACAUCAAAUCGGCCU